UUGUAAAUCUUUUUCGCAUUUUGAGUGGACAUUUUUAAAAAUAGAUGCACGUGUGUAGACUAGCUACUUGCCUAAUAACUACAUGCCUAGCGGCUGAUUAAAUGUAGACAGAUCCCAAAAUAGUUUAUUUUCAAUGUAGAUUCGCUUUUAAGAAGUUGUGAGCGAAAUAUUCGUAGCCUAACUCUGAACAAAUUGACUUUGAAAAUUCGCCUGAGGAUAAUAAUUUAAACACUUUCAUUUUUAAAUUGGAAUUGUUUUAUGCUUUAAGUGAAUAAUUUCAUCAAUAAACCAUAAAAUAUAAGAAAAUGUCCAGUGAUUUGUGAACCGCUCUAAUAUUAUUAUUUUUUUUAAUUAUUCGUUCAAUUGGUGAGAUUAUUUUCCGCGGAAAAAAUGUUAAUUUCGUUUCACCAUAAAUUGUUGAUUCAAAUUAAUUGGUGACUAAUUAGUCAGGUUUAAAAUCAAUCAAUACAGUGGCUGAUAUAUUUGUGCCAUCGUAGAAUUUUUCAACAAAAAAAAAGCCCCGAACCAAAGAGCAGUAUAGAAAGUAGUGAGCGCCUCUGUGCAAUUUAUUCGACUGCUUAGAAAUUAUAAGGAAAUUAUGUGAAUUAUUCUAUACAACUCAUACACACGAAACCGAAUCAAUAAAGUGUUUUCUGUUCAUAUUUAACACGAUAAUUGAUCACAUGCAUACUGCUGAAAGAACUAAAAAAAUGAAACUGUUCAUCGUUUUGUGUGUAUUUUUUUACAUAACCUCAUUUAAUAGUGUAUUUAUGGAUGAAAAUGAUCAAUCUGAAGGGAAUUCCCCGUUACAUGAAGCGGUGCUCGAUGAUAAUUUUGUGAAUGUAAAAAAUCUGAUAAAUAAGGGUGCGGAUAAGAAUGCCAAAAACUACUUUGGUAUAAGACCGGUACAUUUGGCUGCUAAGCGAGGUCUUGAGAAUAUCAUCAGAUUGCUCGUUUCGAAACAAGCAGACAUUAAUGUGACGGAUAACUAUGGAAAAUUGCCGAUUCAUUUUGCCGCACAAAAUGGUCACUUUGAAAUCUUCAAAUUCUUGAUUCAAGAGCAUGAUAGUAGAAGUAUUCCUUAUAUAGAUGUCACUGACACAAUGGGAAUGAGUGUGCUUCACUACGUGGCUAUGAAUCGAAAGGCAAAAAAUACCGAAAUGCUUGACAUUUUGUUGCAAAAAAAUAUCAGCGUUAAUUCGGUUGCAAGUGAUAAUACAACUCCACUUGAUUUUGCAUGUGCUACAGGUAAUCUGGAUAUGGUUAAAUUGUUGCUUGAGAAAGGAGCUGGGAAGAAUGUGAAUUUCCCAGAUUGGGCCGGGGAUACUCCAAUUAUAUAUGCUGCAUAUGGGACAGGCAAAGAUCGUCAAAAAGUCUUUCAAAAGUUGAUUGAGAACAAAGCUGAAGUCAAUGUUGUAAAUAAAGUUGGUGAAACCAUUUUGUUUUUCGUUACACGUUUUGGCGGCGAUGAUGCUGAACUAGCUGAGUUUCUCAUCAGAAGAGGUGCACGCAUUAAUGUCAGUAAUAAUAAAGGUGAAACACCGUUACAUGUAGCCGCUCAAAAAGGUCAUAAAAAGCUCGGCGAAUGCUUCAUCAAAAAUAAAGCCAAUAAAGAUGCAAGAACUAAUGAGAAUCAAACUCCACUGCAUUAUGCAGUCAAAUAUGGUCAGUUUGAGUUCGCGGAAUUGCUCAUCAAUCAUGGCGCCAAUGUCAAUGUAGCGGAUGAAAACAAUAUGUUUCCAAUUCAUAUUGCUGUUGAAGAAGCUCUAGGACAUGUAAAAAUUCUCGAAUUGUUGAUAAAAGAUAAUGACAUAAAUAAUAUCAGUAAAGAUGGCAAGUCGACUUUGCAUUUGUCUAUCGAAAAAGGAGGUGACAUGGAAACUUUCAAGUGGUUGGUCGAGAAAGGUGCCAAUAUAAACGCUACAGAUAGAGAUGGUCGGUCCCUUCUCCAUACAGCUGCUCAACAUGGACGCAUACAUGUUAUGGAAUGGUUAAUCAAAAAUCAUCCAAUCAGUGAAAUCAUCAAUAUUCCGGACAACUCAGGCAAUAUUCCGCUUCAUUUGGCUGCGGAAGGUGGCUAUUACGAUCUCACGAAGAUUCUCCUUAGUAAUGGUUCCGAUGCCAAUGCUAUAAACUAUGAUUUCGAGUUUCCGAUACAUUAUGCUGCUCUUGGAGGACAUGAAAAUAUUAUAAAACUUUUAAUCAAAUAUGAUGCAAUGGUGGACGUAAGAAAUCGAAAUGAUUGGACGCCGCUAUUUCAUUCGGUUUUAAAUGGCAAUGAAAAAGCUGUUAAACUUUUGGUUAAUCAUAAAGAUGAAGAUCUUAGUCUUAAUGAUGUGGACGCACUAGGAAAAACCGUUUUUCAUAUAUGCGCAGAAAGAGGUUUUGUAAGUGUUGGAAAGAUUCUAUCUUCUCAUGGUGCCAAUGUUAGUGCCACAGAUAAACAUGGUCAAACGCCUCUUCACAGAGCUGUUAUUUUCCGCAAUGUGGAAUUUAUCAAAUGGUUAUUAAAUUUGCUAUCUGACGCCAAUAAUGGAGAGAACGAUCAUCAUGCAGUUAACGUUAUCGAUAACGACAAAAGAUCUCCCCUUCACUUGGCUGCCGAAAUUGGAUACGAUCCGGUUAUUAGAACGUUGUUAGAAAAAAAUGCUGAUAUAAAUCUAAAAGAUAAGUCCAAUGAUACAGCACUUUCUCUCGCUAUUUUGAAUGGACACCAAAAUACUGCAAAAAUCCUUCUCAGGCAUUCUAAAAAUCCAAAUAUCAAAUACGCUGGCAAAAGAGAUUUAAUUCUGUUGGCCGCCGAAAAAGGUUUCGAUGAAAUUGUUGAAAUGUUGAUCAAUAGAGAUGGACAAGCUACAGUUGAAGACAAAAAUAAAUGGACGCUAUUGCAUUAUGCAGCCAAAAAUGGUCACUCAAAUAUUGUAAAAAUGUUAUUGAGUCAUGAGGCUAUCAUCAAAGCAAAAACCAUCGAUGCAAAAACCGAGAAUAAUGAAACAGCUGUCAUGUUGGCAGUUAAAAAUGGCAAUUCUGACGCUGUUAAAGAACUCCUUAAAAAUGGAGCUGACUUAACUAUUCCAGAUGAUAGCGAAAAAACCCUAAUCGAUUUUGCACAGCAACACAAACAAAAUGAGAUUGUUGACCUUUUGACCAAAGACGAAUCAGAUAGGCAAAGUCAAGCGCGACUUUUCCACAUUUUUAUAUUGGUGAUUUUCAUGUUGCUUUUUCCAUUGAUGUGUUUCAUCGCCCUAUUUUUCCAUAAAUUAUUUGAAAAAGAAGCCACUGACAGUGAUACUGGCUUAAAAUUGACCGAUUUGUUAGAAAAGUAUAUAUUUCCACAAAAUCAAGUGAAGCUAAGCACACAGAUUGGUAAAAGUGUAUUUGGAAUGGUUUACAAGGGUUAUGCACACAAAAUUCUACCACACGAGACUGUAACGAUGGUCGCUAUUAAAGUAGUUAAAGGAAGUAAUUCGGAUGCAGCAAGUCUUAUUGAAUCACAGAAGAUGCUGCUAUCUUUGGGCUCUGAAUUGAAGGUUAUGAUGUAUUGCCGAGGACAUUUGAAUUUGGUCAACUUGUUUGGAAUUGUCAGCGAAAAUAUUGCCAGCCAUGAACUGAUGGUGAUUGUUGAAUAUUGUCGAUACGGUAAUUUAAAAGAUGUUCUGGAGAAGCAUCAUAAAAAUGUAAAAAAUCAAAUAAUCGACAGUAAUACAGUGCAAAUGUCAAAGAGUAGAACCGCCGGAUUUGCUUCACCCCGUUCGGUAACACAAAACGAUUUGGCUUCUUGGUCACAUCAAGUAGCGCAUGGAAUGCAAUUUAUAGCUGCACAAAAUAUUGUGCAUGGAAAUUUAUGCGCACGUUCCAUUUUUCUCACCGAUGGAAAUAUUGUGAAAAUUAGCGAUUUUGGAUUGGCCAGGUCAAUGAAUAAAGUUGAUGCAUACAUUUCUGAAAAAGAGGGUAAACUUGACUACAAAUGGCUCUCCAUUGAGUCGAUGCAAAAUAGAAUAUUAACAACAAAAUCAGACGUUUGGUCAUUUGGAAUUUUACUGUGGGAACUUUAUUCAUUCGGUGAAACACCCUAUCAAGACAUCGAUAUUUAUCAGCUCAAACGAGAAAUCCAGAAUGGAUAUACUAUGGAAAAACCCCAUUAUGCCAACGAUAAUGUAUAUGAAAUAAUGCAUCAUUGUUGGCGCAUUAAUCCUGAAUCACGUCCUACAUUUGAUUCUUUGGAGAAAUGGUUGCAUCAAUUACUUUAAAAUGAUAACGGAUCUAAAUAUUUCGACCAGUGAACAGCAUAUUGAUGAAGCGAAACGAUAAAAAAAAACUAUUCAAAAGAUUUCAAAUUCCAAGACACUGAUAAACAAGAAUGGAUUUCUUAUUCAAAAUUCCAAACUCUUCUUGUUUGUCAGCCUUCAUAUUUAUUUAUACUUUAUUAACAAUGUAUGUGACAAUUUGAAUAAAAAUUUG